CAUUCCAUUUCUCCAUAGCAAUAGAAUGUAAACAUUCUAUUUUAUGCCAAACAUUGCCUACAACUCAAUUCUAAGUGCAGCAUAUUGGACGACUCCACAGUAAUUGAUCAUUCGUGACUUUAACUUAUCCCUGUUAUCUCUAGAGCAUCCCGUAUAUCUAUAGCGCUGCGUUUCUACCCCAUCUUACCAUGGAUAGGGUUUGGUGCAUUCCGGAGUUCACUUAUGGUCCCACAAAGGUAAUCUUUGGAGAUAUUCAUUUUAGCAUACUGUAAAUGCCUGUGCACAAUGUGCAUAACAAAGCAUCAUUAUUGUCAUUCUCUUCAAAGGAAUUCUGUAGAAGCAGCCUUUAUUUCCAGACUCUGCAGGCCUGCUGGGAGGAAACAUAUUACAAUAAACAGAAGAAGCUCAUGGUCCACUAUCUGCUGCUCCAGAGUCAAGGCCAGGUGCCGCACCAUGUCACCACGGAGCACAUGAGCGGCUGGCUGGUGUCUCAGGGCAAAAAAUCCCUUAGGGAGAGGGUGUGGAAGGAAACCCUGGAGGAGGGGAAUGACCUCGCUCGGCUGACCUGGGAAGUCAACACUUGCCUAAAAAUGAUAGACAUAGAGCACGAGGCUGUCUGCAAGCUCCGCCGCUCCUUGCACUCCACCUCGCCAGCUGACAUCGACCCUAAGGUCCACAGCAUUGUGGAAAGAGCUGUAAGGAGCAUUAUGGGCGAGCUGUCCAAUGAGCCCCGUAACAACCUGCUCAGCCCAUCCCAGGUGGUUGUGGAGGUGGUGCCCAGGCUCCUCCUGGCCCUGUGGCUUCAGCCAAAGGAAGGCCAUUCAGGGCACCCAAUCCUAAUAAGCGGGAUGGCCGUGGGCAUGGUGGCGGCCGUAGUGGAGAAGCUCUCCAGCAUGUUAAAGGCCCCUUCUCCUCAAAUCCCUUUCUCCCGCACUGCGGCUUUUGAAUCUGUCUGGUCAAUCCUCGGGAGAAUCAGUCAGUCCUUCUCCACGGAUGACCUCCAGAGCCCAUUUUAUGUGAGAUCUGUCUGUGCCUUUGUGGCUGACGAGGUACAGAGCUGCUUCCAGCCCCCUGCAGCCACCUUACCAGUCCUCCCUGUCGUCGCCGCGGCCAUCUCCACCACACCUCCAGACAUCCUAGCAGAGGCAGACCCGGCUUCUUCCGACAUGGAGGUUGUGAAUAUCAUCGCUAACACAGAGGCAGACCAGGAUUCAGCCCACUUGGAGGUUGUGGACAUCACCUCUAGCAUAGAGGCAGACUCUGCUUCUUCCCACCUUGAGGUUGUGGACAUCACCCAUAACACACAGGCAGACACGGCAUCUUCCAACCUGGUGGUUGUGGACAUAACACGUAAGGCAGAGGCAGACCCGGACAGUUCCCAUCUGGAAGUUGCGGACAUCGGCCCUAAAACAGAGGCAGACAGAGCUUGUUCCCACUUGAAGGUUGUGGAAAUCACCCCUAACACAGAGGCAGACCCAGCUAAUUCACACCUGGAGGUUCAGGACAUCACCCCAAAGACACAGCAAGAUCCAGCUUCUUCCCACCUUGAGGUUGUGAACAUCACCCUUAACAGAGAGGCAGAUCCGGCAUCUUUCCACCUGAAUGUUGUGGACAUCACCCCUAAUAGGGAGGCAGAGCCCAUCUCUUCCCUCUUGGAGGUUGUGGAUGUCACACCUGAAGAAAGGACUCUCAAGAUGGCCGUCUUCGCCACUCUGCCAACUGACAUCCAAGCAGAGGAUGUUGCUGUGGUCACCCCAGAUGUCACCCCACACGUCACCAAGGAUGUGACACUGGAUGUUCCAUGCAGAGCUGCAUGCAAAGGGAAAGUCCGGCAAUUUUUCUUCAGGCUUUGGAGGGCAGUGUGCUGCUGCGCCUGCCACAAGGAAGAGGAGGAACAAUAUUAGUUAUUCAUCAGACCUUCAGAAAUGGGAUUGAACCAUAGACCAUUAAAUUAUUCACAUUAUAAUAAUUGGAUUCAAUUCUGCUUUUCCUGUUUACUACUUAAUUUCAGAACAUUUCUAUGAACUUUCACUUUGCAAGUGUGGAGUAGGUUGUGUAAAUAAGUGGGAAACAUCCCAAUUUUAAUGCUUUUAAUAAUUUACUUACUAUAUGUAAAAAAAUAAAGUAGUAUUUGACAACAACAAAAAACGGAGGGAGCUCAACCAACGUUGAGUUGAGGUGCAACCAAAACCUUUAAUCAUCAUAGAAAAGGAAAAAGCGCAACUCUUGCGCACAAUAAAAAAUGCAUUGUUUUAUUCAACAAGGUUAAAAGAUGAACAUUUUGACCUAAUCUAUGACAAUAUGCAAGUUGUGUUUGCCCAGGAAAAGGGUGACCCAGACUCACCCUGGUUCUUGAGGGUUGCAGACAGUGAAAAGAUAUCAUUAAGUAAAUGGGACUUUUCAAAUCUUGAAUAAAAAUCUAUAAUGAACAUGAAUUUAAAUACAACUGACUUGAGGAUCAGAGCAGGCUGGCUGACUGGCUAGCCCUGAAAGCCC